GCCGCCUACUCCCCAGAGAGGCGCCCCAGGACAGGCAGAAGGAGGCGGCUGCUGGCGGGAGCGGGGGCGCGGAGGCACCGAGACACCCGGCAGCGCUGGCGACUGCUUUUGCAGGUACGAUGGCUCGUGUCUUUGUCUAUGGCACGCUUAAGAAAGGCCAGCCCAACUACAAGUACAUGAUCAACACGGCCAAGGGACUAGCAAAAUUCCAAGGAAGGGGCCGCACAGUGGAGAAGUACCCGCUGGUGAUUGCAGGAAAGUACAACAUUCCUUACAUGCUGAACAUCCCGGGGACAGGACACCGCGUUGCUGGGGAGAUUUACUCGGUUGACGACCAGAUGCUGCAGUUCCUGGAUGAGUUUGAAGGCUGCCCAGACAUGUACCAGCGCACCCUGAUGCAAAUCGAGGUGGUGGAGUGGGAAGGGAAGGGCGGCGUGGGUGAGGCGCAGGCGUCUGCCGAGGGCAUCGUGGAAUGCUUCGUGUACAGCACGACAACAUACCCGCCUGAGUGGGUCAGCCUCCCCUACCAUGACAGUUACGACUCCUCGGGGAAACACGGCCUCUCCUAUGUCCUACGCGAAAGCCGGGAUUAGAAAUGGGAGGAUCUCUUGUAACCUUCCCAACCCAGGAGCCUUGGCGCUAGUGUUGAAGUCUUGUAGGCUCAGAGAUGGGGACUGCCCCCCGGCUAGUCAGCACCCUCCCCACCCCCGCUAACCUGCUGCGAGUAACUGGGUUUGCAUGAGGCAUAAAAUAACUGUAUCUGUGCACAUCAGUUUUGGGGUCUAAUUGUUUUCUCAAUCCCCGCCUUCACCUCACUGUGUGACUGAGGUCAGUGACAGGCAGUGGAAGAGACUAAUUUUAUUUUUUUUUUCCAUCAAUUGACAAAUUUUCUUGUGUAGUUCUCCAAGGUGGGUGGAAUAAUGAUGACGCUAUUGCACUAAUAGCUGAAAGUGAUUAAAGAAAAAUCAUGUCUGCAAACAAAGUAAAGCACAACUCGUGUGUAAUACUGACUUGUAAUGGUGUUUAGUAGGUUACUGAAUGUAAGCAGGGAGAGGUGACCAUAUAGAUACUGUGCGCUUCGAGACAAAUAUGAAAUUGCUGGAGAAACAGAGAAAAUUUAAAGACUAUUCUUACUCUGUAUUGAAAUGUUUUUCUGAACUGGAAAGGAGCAUUUUUAAAACAUGUUUAGUUUUAUAAGGUACUGUGAAGAAAUAUUAAAAGAGUAUAAGGGAAUUUACAUUCAAAACUGUAUUUUUAAUAUAGCAUUCUAAGCACUUUAGGUACCACUUCAGUUCACUGAGUGCCUGUAGGAGUUGGUGGGGUGUUGGGUUGGGGGUGGUGUUGGGGACCAGGAAAAGUAAAUGUGAUUUCAGCUGCCCACCACGCUACAGCGGAUGCAGCUGUUGCGAACACUUACUAUCAAGGCGACUUUUUGUCUUUUUGUCAAGCACUUUAAUGCAGAACUUGCAACCAUAUGCAAACUGGAUUUCGGGGGGGGGGGGGGGGGGGGGGGAUGGAGAUUUUAUAUACAUUAUAAAAAAUAUCCAAAGGAUCUCUGUUGUGAGUAUUGCAACAUUUAAACUGGAGGGGAAAAAAAGAUGGAAAGAAGACUAUUGUUCCCCUGACCCAACCAACUGUGCUGGUUUCUGUACAAUCUGGGAAAAUUGUGGCUUUCGUUGUUAUGCUCCUGUGCCUUAUAUUUUUUCUUCAUCUGCAGUGUUUGGUAUAUAUAGAUGAUUGUACAGUAUACAAAAUUGCCAAAGGGAUGCAAGCAGGAAAUGUAUGCCAAGCAGUGAGCCACAAAGUACAAUUAACUGUACUAGGGCUACCACUAAGAACAAUACUGUACUUCUGCUCCGCUGCCAGAAGCCCUGUGAUGGCCAGAGGAGACCCGGGGUAGGGAAUCAGCCCAAGCAUCCAGGGUAAGGAAUCAGCCUAAACUUUAUCAGUAGUAAGCACUGCUGAAUCUCAUUUAGAAGAACAGACAAAAAGCUUGUGUUGCUGCAGUAAGCACAUGAAGUAGUUUUUAAGUAGAAUGCUUGUGGCUCUUUACAGUACUUGUUUUUUGUUUAGGGCAACCUGCAGAAGCUGAACUGUGCUCCUUUUGGAAGGGACAAAAUGGGAUUAAGGAAAUUUAUAGGAAGAUCUGCAGGGUGCCUGCCUCAGUUUCUCCAGCUGCAAAAGCAUUACUUUUCCUGGAGGGCAGGUACUACCCUAACAUUCUCCUGACUCAUCUUGAUGGGUUUUGUAAACUAAUUAACAAAGCAGAUCCCUGUAUUACAUUAUUCCCCCUUGGCCACACGAUGCAGUUGGCAGCAUCUCAGUAACACGAAAAAUGCCUCUUUAACCAUCAGUCUCAAGCAGAACGGUGAAGCUUUGUUCUGGUUGAACAUGAGUCACCAGCCCUGUCACAGGCUGUUUUCAACCUUCACCUUCCAGUAAAGGGUCCAGGCGCCUCUGGCCAGAGGGUUUAUUUUUCUGGGAAGUAGCAUGACUGCACACCCUAGGCAAGAAAAUGAGAGCAGGCCCCCUCCUGUCUGGGGCAGCGGUCAAGGCACAGCAGGAAUGGUAUGUAAAAAACCAGCUGUGGGAGGUGAGACCAAAGGCAGGAGUAGCCCCGUGUCCUGGCCCAGCAGUGGGCAGCAGCGGAGACCAAGGCAAGAGCACAGGGGCAGAGAUGAUGCUCACAGUGCGUAGGAGCUGCAGAGGCAUCACUGCGUCCAGGCAGCCGACUUACCAAGCUAGAUCAAUUAAUGGAAGAAAAAGCCUCUUUUAACCACACGCUAAUAUUCUAAACCCAGUAAACUUCUGCUAUGUACACAAUCCUGUGGCAUGGAGUUCCUGAGUGAGAAGGAAAAAAAAAAAAAAAAAAAAAAAAAAGAAAAGAAAUACAUCUUCUUACUGUUCUGACCAAGUCACCAGCCCUCUCACUUCUGUUCAAGUCUCUUAAAUCUUCCUUCUCUCCAGGCCCUCUCUGGUUUCCCAUACUGGAAAUGCAGCUUUUCCAGCAGGAUAUAGUCUUGUAUUAUGAACAGCCGUAGUUCUUCAGAGUCUUUAGUAAGAGCUUCUGCACAACAGAAGAUCAGCACUUGGUCUCCCUUUCCUCUAAGAGUUCAGGAGCAGAUCUGGCCCGAGGGACAGCAAGUGCCUCUAGCAAUACCUUGGGGCUGCUAAAGGGAUUCGAGGACAGCGCCAGCUCCUUCCAUAAAGACUUGUAUCUAGUAAUCAAUAGAAAAGAUAAAGGGGGGAAAUUUGAGUAUGGAAUUUGAACAGAAGAAGAACAUUCCCUUACAACUGUAAAUGAAGAUACGUGGGGGAAAAUCUGCACUAGAAAAAUACAACAUCUAACCUGUAAUGUAAAUCUAGUCUGUACAAAGACUUCAAAAUAUUACAAUAAAUCUGAUCAGAAUUUAAGCCAUUGGCAGUAUUUGCUCAGUGCUUACACUGAGUGCAGAGAAACUGCUCAGUUCACUCAGUGGUUAAUUUUUCACCCUUACCAACCAUUCUGUACGGUUUGGCUGGGGCCUCAAACCAGUGAUACUACCGCGAAGACAAAGUGGAUUUGGGCUUUUGUUGCGAUUUCUUUUUUUAAAAAAGAGGCUUUUCCUGUUUAAAAGCAGAAAUGGUAUUUUAUUGAUUUUAUUUGAUCCUUAAAAAUCAAAGAAUUACAAAGGUUAUGUACAAGUAUUUCUGGAAGUAAAAAUCUGGGAUCUGUUGCCAAGGUUUAACAUCUGUGUUUGCUGUCUUAACCAGAUAUAAUAAAUAUGCCUGUAUAAAAUCUUA